UAGCGAGCAUUCAAAUUCUCGCCGUGCCUGACUGGUGUUGUGGCCGUUUGCGAGCAGCUUCGUUCUCAAGAAGGCUCAUCUCUCGCUCCUUCCCUUUUCCUCCUGCGCGACUGAUUUCGACGCCGCGUACGGUGUCGAGAUCCGCGGGUGGUCUCAGGAGCAUGGCGCAGAACGUCAACCCGUUCUGCUCGUCGCAGAACACGCCGAACAAGGCCGCCGAGGAGAAGCAGAACGUGCCGAAGGACAAUCAUGCGGUCAGCAAACGGUUGCAAAAGGAGCUCAUGGUGUUGAUGAUGAGCACUGAACAUGGAGUAUCCGCCUUUCCAGAGGGAGAAAAUUUGUUCAAAUGGAUUGGGACUAUCACUGGACCAAAAGAUACAGUAUAUGCUGGUCUCACCUACAAAUUGACUCUGGAAUUUCCACAUAGUUAUCCAUACAGUGCUCCGAUAGUUCGUUUUGUAACACCUUGUUUUCAUCCUAACGUUGAUCCUGUUGGUAAUAUAUGUUUGGAUAUAUUGAAGGAUAAAUGGAGCGCAUUGUAUGAUGUGCGUACUAUUUUACUCUCCAUACAGUCUCUUCUUAGUGAACCUAACAACGAUAGUCCACUUAAUAUUCAAGCAGCAGAGCUUUGGAGCAACCAGACGAAAUACAAAAAGUAUCUGACAGAGGAAUACAACAGAGCACACAGUCGUAACCCGCAGGAUUCAUGAUGAGCCAUUAUCACAUAAUCAUUUUGAAUCGUUUAAUAUCAUUAUUCCUAUUUCGGGCGAUAGGAUUAUAAUUAAGUGUAAGAUUAAUUGGAAUUUUGUGCACGUUUCUCACAAGUCAUGAAUACGAACACAUCAACGAGAAUUUAGAUCGAAAUUUCCUCCCAUCGGAAUGAUAAGGACAAAAUUGUUCACUGCGAAUUUUUGAUAUUGCGUUGCAUUUAUAUAGCAAGAUUCUUGUAGAAAGUUGUGAGGAUAAUUGUAAAUUCACAUGAUCACACACCGACAUCAAGACUGCGUACACAUGAACAUCUUUUAAUUGACAUACAAUCGCACAAGAAACACAUUUAUUUAUUUAUCAUGUAGAAACAUAUGCAUUGGUCCUUCGAUCAUUGCAGUCAUCAUGUAUUACAUCCACACUUGAUGUUUCUUUCUAUUUUUACCAUUAUUGUAUAAUUCCAAAAUAAAUAUUUUAAUGAUCGUACAACGUGA